CCUCGUCCAGCCAACAUGUUUAUUCUUUUCAGAGUGGCGCUAUCGAAGUUCCUCAGGGAGCGGUAUGAGAAGCUUACAAGAAGCCAAAUCUCCAAGAUCGUUGGAAACAAGUGGGCGAUGCUUUCCAACCGAGAAAAGGAGUACUGGAAGGCCAAGGCAGACAUGUUUAAGAUAUUACACGCAAUUGCACAUCCCGGCUACAAGUAUAGUCCUUCUCAUGGCAAGCCCAAGUCGAAUCCCAAG